UGCUGCACUAGCUGUCCGGAGGAACAGGACCUGAGCAGUGGACUUCAGCUUAUGAACGGGUUUCUACGGUUGAGCUCUAGGAAUAGUCACAUAGAUCAUCUGCAUGAGGAUUAUGUGAACCUGAAACUUCACAUGGAGCAAAAGAUUCAAGAACUGGAAGACGCUGAUGUCAGAAACUGGUCUGAACAACUGUCUCCGGCAGCUGAGCGAGAACGGAUUCUGAAACAGACUAAAAUGCAAACAGAACUGAACUGGCAGCAGCUCUGUGAGAAUGCUGAAUGUAAUUGGUAUCAGAAAUCAGAGGAUCUAGCACACAGCCUGUCUUCAUCAAGAGAGGAGGUCCUACUAGAUGUUUUUUUCCUGAAGAUUGUGCUGGAAUUUCAAGUGACCAGGAAAUAUGUUUUCCAAUCAAUAUCCAUGUUUUCUAGAUAUUGUCGAUUGUCCAGGUGAUGGUUAUGUGUGUAUAGUCCGUACACUCCUUCCCCUUUUUUGGUUUAGCAGAGGACCUGAAGCUUCUUUAUGUUUGCUAAGAUGUAUGUUUUUUGCUGCUUUCACACACACCGCCCCCCUCCCCGGAAAUUUUGUUCCCAUUUCUUUUCAGGGAGAUGGUGACUGGACAGCGAUCCGGAGACAAAAGACGCGAACUCGGCAUACCGUUGUAACGGCUCUGGGGGAGUGUGGGGCGGUGUGGAGUGAGCAGAGUCAUUUUGGCAAUUCCUUCGCCUUGGACCUCUCCUGCGCAGAGUCUUUUCAACACUGCCGUGGAGCUCCGCCUGCCGCCGGUUCUGAGUCUGUUGCUUUUAAGAGAGAAAGGGAGUCCCGGCUGCUCCAUUGACUGGCACUUCGCCGGCUGCCAGCGCCGAGAGAGACCAGCACAGUGCAGGCGGGUGCCGGGAAGUCAUUCCCUCUCCCGCAGCUGGAGCAGCGGGUCCGCAGCUCUUCUCUGUGCGGCGGCGCGACAGCACGGUGAAGCCCUGCCGCCCUUCCCGGCGUGUACAGGCUGCCCUCAGCGAUGCCGAAGACCGAUCACCGCUCGCGUGGGUGCCUGAGGGAGUCAAUCCUUCUUCCCCCUCUCUCCUCCGAGCUGCCAUCACCAGCAGGGAGGGCCCGACCUGGCAGGAGCCAUUGCUGCCCCUCCCCUCCGCACGGGCCUGCAGCGCCCCUUGUCGGUUGUCGCCGUAACUACACCAAAGGGGAAAUGCUUGACGGGAGGGGAAGGCGCUGCUGGGUUCUCUUCUCGUCGCUGUUUGUUGCUUGUUGUUGUUUGUGUGCUGUUAUAUAGGUGCAUGUAGUCUAGUAAGGGACUGUUAUUCCUUUUUCUAUAUCUUUGCCUGGAAGCCCCGUAAUUUCGAAGUCAUAAUAACUCGGAGGGGGGAGGUGAUCUUUCUGUUCCAGGGACAUUCCCAUCUUCCUUUGGAAAUAUCUGUCUUUUAAAGCAGAACAAUGCUAUUGUCAACAGAGGAUGUCCAAUGACACUUUCAAGAAUUUGACAGGUCAGAAAGGGGACUGCUGUUACUGCUGUUGAGCUCAUAAAUUACUUAGGGAGAGGCACUACCUGCACAUGGAAGAGAGAUAAACCACACCUGCAAAAAAACAGUUAUAAAACAGAGCCAGCUCUGGUGCCAUGGUCCUCUCCAUGUGAGCCUCGUUCUAUGAUGUUCUCAGUACAGUACUUCUUUCCUGGCAAAUCUUCAAUAAACAAAUACAUUUCUUCUUAUUCUAUGGUACUUUUCUUCCACAUAUGUUCAUGGGUUGGAACUAUUAGGAUCUGUGUGUGUGGUGGUGUGGAGAGAAUAUGUGUCGCUUAUUAAUGAAGGGUUCUUUUUGUCUUGUAUUCUUAUUUUCUAGAUAUUUCCGUAUGAUGAUGAAAGUUCUCUAUGUAAAGAUAUCCCUUAUUUGGAAAUAAAAAAGCUGCAGGAACAGAAUGCCAGCCUUCGGGUUGCUAUUGCACAAAUGAGGAAAGAAAUGGAGAGUCUUGAUGAGCAGAUGUUUUCUUCUCUUACUCUAACAGAAGACAGACAGCUUGCAGAGCAAGAUUCAUUGAGCACAAACAAAACUUCAACUGGAACCACACUGAGCAACAUCAAAGUCAGUUCAACUAAGUCAGAUUGUAUAGUAAACCCAGACACAGAAGAGGGGCCAGAACCCAAAGUUUUUGAAGAAAACAUGGUAGAUUUUGGGCAACAGCUAUCUGAUGUAGGCACUGGUGUUGGUUGUCAGUAUAGUGUCAAAUGUACUCUACGAGGACUGCAAAAUAAACUCAAGGGAGCAGCAAGAAAAAUCUCAAUUCUGAGCCAAGAAAAGUGGCAGCUGAUGGAAAUGGGAAACAGUCUCAGGGCAGAACCUGGAAUGGUGUUAAAAGAAGGACUCUGGCAUCCUGUUAGCUCUAAACACUGCACAGUUUGUAUUGGCUCCAGUAGUCUUCUUCCAAGAGAACUUGUCAGAAGAACACAGUGUCAACUAUCAGUUCUAAAGCAUCUACAGCACAGACUCUCAACUCAGGAGUUGCAGUGUGCAGGGCAACAGCGUCCUUCAAGGCUCUCUUCUCUUACUGCCUACCCUAGCUUAAAGGAAGAAGAAGCUCCAAGCAGCUGUGGGGAAGAAAGAGAAUUACCUUCUGCUGAGUGGAGUUUGAAGUUGUACAUUCAAUUGAGCAAUCUGAAGAAUCUCGGCAAAUUGUCAAAGCCAAGGAUAAAAUUGAAACAUCAGCUGAAGAUUUGACAGUCAGAGGAACAAGGCUGGAAGUUCAGCAGAAAUUAAAAUCCAGGAGUUUAUCUUGUGCUCACCUAUUAAAACCAAAAAUCUCUUCUAGCAUGGCAAAAAUCCGCAAUUAUAA